CCUUGGAAAUGGUGGCUGAGAUGGACAGGAAGCAGAGUUGAAGGUGGUAGGAGAUGCUGCUUCAGUCCCAAGAUGCUCAUGGCCGCGGACAGAGAGUGACGCUGAGGAGAGAAAUGCUCCCUCAGCCAAGCGUGGGAGAAAGAGCCACAUGGCGGCCAUUGCGCUGCCACCUCCCAAAGCGCGGCGCUCCAGCGAGGAGGCACGUGUGGUCUGCAGCGGCCAGUUGGUGCAGGUGGGAGCGCCCAGGGAAGGAAGGCUGGAGCAAAAGACGUGGGGUUCCAGGUUGUAGGGGCUUUGGGGACCCACCGUGGUGCGCACAGUGUGAUUUGGUGUCAGGUGCCGGUAUGUGAGAGAGCGCUUGGGGACCCCCGAAUGAUAGGGAGACUCUGAUUGGCUGUUGGCCCUUGGGGAGCCGUUGUGAUUCGGGGGCUGUGAUUGGGUGGCAGGUGUGAGCGUGUCACAGAGCCCUUUGGUUGUAAGGCGACCGGUGUCACCAGAGGCACCUCAGAGUGCCCGGAGGAGACGACGGGGACGGAGUGGGGCUGUGUGGGUCCUCUGCACAGUCACUUUGAUCCCUACGGACCCGCAUCCGUGGUGCUUUUCCAAGGAUCUGCCAUCCCUGGAGCAGAAGGCCUCAAGGCCAGGCGUCAGCAGGAUGGCAGAGACGCUCUGCAGUGUGGCCAGUGUAUCCCCGGUGCCGGGAAGGGGAGAGGAGGAGGAAGGUACUGGGUCUGCCCGAGCCUGGCAGCCUGCUGAGGUGCCUGUGCUGGUGAGGGAGAUGUACAGCUGGCUGCAGCGGAACGUGGAUGCGCCUGCCAAGAACGGGCCGGGCGAGAGGCUUCUGGAGCUGGUGCGCUGGAACCAGCAUGAUGUGGUGGUGACCCUCCUGCGCUGUGCCCCGUCGUGUGACAGGGCUGCUGUGAGCAUGUGGAGGGCGCUGGUGUCAGAGCGCAGCUGUGCCGAGCGAGUGCUGUGGGAGCUGCUGGGCGUGCUGGAGGAUUGGCCGCUGCACAGCACAUCCACCUCCGACGGGGACGAGACGGAGGUCGUCGUUCUGGCUGCAACCAGGGCACUGAGGGAGAUCCUCUGUGAGCGCCAGGUCCCAAAGGUGUUGGAUCAGCAUUUUCCGCCCCUCUUCCUGGCUCUGCUCUUUCAAGUGUACUGCACCAUAAAGGAGGAGGCAGAGGAGAUCGAUGCGUACUGGAGGAAAUACGUCGCGCAAGUCAGCCUUCCCACCAGCCCUAGCAGAUUCGUGGUGCAGACGGUGAAAGCGCUGCUCUGCAGUUUCGGUUAUGAGGAUGUGGUGUUUAGAGUGGAGCACAAGCAUGGCUGGGACACUCUGCUGCACCCCAAGAGCCACCCCUACGCGAUGGGUCUGCUGGCCAGAGAGAUGUGCAUGGUGAAGGAUUAUUUCUGUCACCGCGUGGCGCUCCAGCUUUUGGAUGUGCUGAACCUGGACGAGCCGUGCCUGGAGGUCCCUGCCAUGGCGUUCUUUGUCAAGCUCCUGGCCUGCCCUGACGUGGUGGAAUUGCACGAGCGUGCCCUGAAGCUCUUCCCGAUGUUCGUGCUCAGCCCGCGCAUUGAGAUGCGUCGCCUGGUGCUGCAAGGGCUCUUCACCCUGAGCCAAAGACCUGAGAUGGUGGGUGAGCGGGGGGGCGGCGGCUGA